CUUUAUUAAAAUCUACUAUCCAAUCUUUCAACCAUUUGAAAUUUUAAGAGAAAAAAAAUUUGAAGACAAUUCAAAUUGGUUCCUGUUUUAAUGACACAUCACGGUUGUUAGACGGUAAGCGGCAUUGCGAAAAAGAGAAAAAGGAGAUCAAGGUAGGUCGCGUGCAACUAGCAACUCGCUAGAAAUGGCAAAAAGAGAGAAAGAGCAUAGCGAAAGAGAGAGGGGUAUACGUAGCCGCAGGCAAGGGCGCGCGUGAGCGGGCAAGCGAACCUCAUCCUCUCUCUCGGCCCCUUGACGGCAGCGGUUCUGGCAAGCAGCCACCAUCCAACUCCCCCCACACGCACGACCAACCGCGGCGCGAUCCUCUGUGCGGCUCCCGGCUUCUCGCCCACGACUCACACACGCGCGAAUCUUGGUGAAGAGCCGCCAGCUACCGCUCGUCGAUUCGCAGUCCGUCAUCGUUGCUCGACCAGUGAGGAUGAAAGUGGAUCUCAUAAGAUACAGGAAGAUAAAGAAGGAAAAGAAACUAAAAGAAAGAACGAAAUGAGAUUUCCGUUAUUUCUUUUGAUUUUUCGAUAAUUAAAGACCGUUUGCAAAUUUUUUCAACUUGCUAAUUUUUUUUGUCAGUUUCUAUCGAGAGAUCACAAACAUGAUAGAAAAAAACUUCAAUUUUUUUGUGACUGCAACGUGGCUUGACAAGACACGAAUAUCGUGCAAUUUUCUGAAUUUCUUUCUUACGGAUAAUUAUCUUGAAAAUGAAACAUAUAUCAAAUGGAAUCCACGAAAAAAACCAUAAUUCAAAUUGUAAACAGUUAUGUUCGAUGAAACAUGAUUGAAAAUUUGUCGUUGUAAGUGUUUAUGAGAAACCACGUGGUGUUGAACUUUGUAUCGAAAUGUGCUUUUAUCAAAGUGAAAAUUAUAAAACUGUAUAAUAAAAAGUUUAGUGAUCGAAUUGUGCUUAUAGAUCGCACGAGGAACGCGUAAUAUCGUCAUAGAGAAAUUAUAUCGACAGGCUUACGUGAAAUGGAAUAAGAUGCGAGGAGAGAGUUGCAGCUGAUACAACCGGAGGGCCCGCGUGGCCUACUAAAAUGACCGCUCGUCUUCAUUCGUUGAGGCAUCAAGAAAAGAAAUCGGCCGGCAACACUCAUAGACAUUACCAUCAUCAUCAUCAACAAUCCCAACACCAACAAAGCGUACAUCAAGGACCAAGUCCGGCAGCCAGUCCCAGUCCUAGUCUCAGCCCGAGCCCUAAACACUCGGACGGACGUCGAGCUAACAAACCACUAAUGGAAAAGCGACGGCGAGCUAGAAUCAAUCAGUCGUUGGCGGCGCUGAAAGCGCUCAUCCUUGACAGCGCCCGGCUGGAGAACACAAAGCAUAGCAAACUUGAAAAAGCUGACAUUUUAGAAUUAACAGUACGGCAUUUACAAAGGCAAAGAUCUCUUGCUCAGCCUGGUUUAUCAAGAUACAAGGCUGGUUAUCAAGAUUGUUCCAGAGAGGUAAGUCGAUAUCUCGAUGCCCCGGACAUAAUUACGGGGAACACGACACCGAUGGACCCUGCAGUGAAGCAAAGACUACUACGACAUUUGGAUAGUUGCGUGUCAGAAUUAGACUUGGAUUUGGGUUCGAGGCCGGAUAGCGGAUUAGGCAGCAGUCCCGGAAGCGUGACGGAUCGAGUGACAGGCUCGGGAAGUCCCGGUCCGCUGGAGCAUCAUGUGCCAUCGACUGCACACUGUAGUACAUCUUUGAAUCCGGUCGGUUUGAUAAAAGCCGAGAUUCCGGAUAUUGAACCAGCUAGACCGGAUAGUAGCACUACCGCCGGCGACGAAAACAACAAUAAUAGCAACAGCAGUAGCAACGGCAACAGCCGGCCAACUUCUGCCUUUGGUCAGGUUAACACCACCAACCUUGAUUCACAUCAUCAUCAUCCACCUCCACCUCCUCCACCCGGUAUAUCGGUUAUCGAUCAGGCUUCCAGCUCGCAACAAAAUCCGAAUAUGUUGUCAGUCGUGCAAGUGAUACCUUCCAGACUACCCGACGGUCAGGUAGUUUUCUUGCUUCCUAGUCAUUACGUACAACUCGCGGCUGCCGCUGCGGCGAACGGUAUCAGUAUCGGGCCGAAUCCACCCACGGCCAUAUGGGCCGCAACUAACAUGUCUCUUCUCAAGGCUACGGAUAAACUCGCCGCGAAACGACCGCACGAAGAUAUACAAGAAUGGCAGGACGCGGCCACUGUUGCCGUUAAUGCUGCUGCUGCUGCUGUUGCCGCAACCGUUGCCGCUGCCGCUACGUCCGGCAACGCUUCUGUUUCCGCUUCCAUUUCCGCUUCCGCCCCCGUUUCUACCUUCGCUACCAAUGCGAUCUCGGCUAUUGGUACAAAGCCAAGUAAAAGUCCAAGGCUCGAGCAACCGGAACAACCGCUCGAUUUUACAACUACCUCCAAGAAACCAAAACCUAGCACGAAAUCAUCGGUAACCGCUGUGAGCAGCAACGUCGACCAUCAUUUUCAACAGCAGCAACAGCAGCAGCAACAACAACAACAACAACAACAACAACAACAACAUCAACACCAACACCAUCAACAACAACAACAGCAACAACAACAACAACAAUUCGUAGGCCGUUUAACCACGGAAGGAUCAGUUCCACAACAUUCGGAAGGCAGACCGUCCAGUCAUACGAGCAGCGAAUUCGUCACAGGAAUUCGUUCACCAUCUCCAAUCCCACAACAACCUUCGAAGGAUGAGGAAGGAAUGUGGAGGCCUUGGUAGAUUGUGAUUUAAUAACAUUCGCGGUUAUGGAUUAUGCGAAAAUGUGCGCAUUGUGUUAAAUGUGUUACGUGUAUUGUUACAUAUAAUUAACUGUAUUGAUGGACGAUGGAACGAUGAGAUAUAUACGAAUUACCUGUAAAAAUAAUAUUCUUCGAAUAUAACAAAAUAUGUACUAUUGCAUGUUGUGUACGGUGAUACUCGAACGCAAUGUAUAUUGUGGAUCAAAAAAAAAUGUGUGAAAUGUGCGUUUGAGAACACUUUUAACCUCGUCAUUGUUAAAGAACGCAAAUAACGCGUGAAAAAAAAAAUCUGUCAAAAAUAGAAAACGGACGCUUAAAACGAAUGACUUGAGUUUGAAAAAUAGCACUUACGCUAUUGAUGAACCAUUUCGAACAAAUGUGAAAAAUUAAUUUAACCCGAUAUAAUUACUUACAGUGUCAGUGUCCUAAAAAUCAUGUACACUUGCUACUUAGAUAUAAAAAAUAUUACGUAGCAGUUUAUUGCAAUUCGAUCAUUGUUCAUUCGUUUAAUGUGAGGAGUGCCUAAUGAAGAAAAGAAAUGCUAUCAGGGGGGAGGGGAGGAAGACACUGUGCUGGAUCUAUAUAUAUAUGUAUUACGGAUUCGAGAUAAGUUACCUGUUCGAAACGUUAAAAAAUAACGGUAUAUAUACAUGUAUAUGAUAAAGAUACGUUAUAGGAUCCGAAGAAAAGGAGAAGGUUUCGUGCAUAGUACUUUAUUCCGCCGUCGUGUACAUAACCCCGAUUGGAAUUAUAAUUAAUGCCGGAUAUAGAUUUAUUUUGAUGUUAACUAGGUGUAUAUGCAUUCAAGAAAAUGUAGAAUGAUGCGAAUGCGGACGAAUCUGUAUCGAAUGUACGUUGGAAAAAUGCAAAAGUUCACGUUCUAGAUAAAUCACAGUUUUCAUCUAAUUUACUUCUCUAAUUACUAUGUUGAGAUUCAAAAUUCCUUAUUCAAUGUACUUAGACAUCGAUCAAUAUAAAUACGCAUACUGACAAA